AUGCAUGAAUUUAUAGCCUCUUCGCGUAGAUCUCAGAAAGGCUGCCGACUGCCUUCCCGCCACUGUACAUCGCCUGAGUCCGAAUUAAAGGGUGAUUAUUACUUGCAGGAAGAUAACGCGGACAAGACUCGAAAUUCUGAAAUUGAAGAACUCAAGUCCGUCCCAGAAUCGAAAGAAGCAACUAACGCUUUGUCAGAUCUGGACCGCGAUUCAACAGAAAAAAGUGACAACCAAUCUCAAGUUACCAAAGUAGACGAUCCAAGUGUAACAGAUUCAGAAGCCCUGGAUAAAGGGUCGCCAACCCAGAAUACCACGUCGAGAAACGAGGUAAGACAAGGCUGCAGGUUAAAUCAAGCGAAGGGCCACAACCCCGACCUCCUAACGAAACGAACUCCAGCCAGGGGUCCAGAUCCGAGUCUGCGCCGUGGACCUGACCCUUCCCUUCCACGGGGACCGAAUCCCGACUUGUUGCGGAAAAAUCAAUCAGGCAAACUGGUUCGAGCGGAUCCACUGUGCUCUGUGUUAGUUCAAUGA